AUGGACGGUGAAGAAAGUUCAGCGUAUAUUCUUCGACUCGACUCUUCUAAAAAUUUAGCAAAUUCUUCUGAAUCUGCGUCCUUGUCUCAAGAAUCAGGACCUAGUAAUCGACAAACUAAAUCGUAUAUUCUUCGACUCGACUCUUCUAAAAAUUUAGCAAAUUCUUCUGAAUCUGCGUCCUUUCCUCAAGAAUCAGGACCUAGUAAUUUAUCAACAGCUCAGGAUAUGCAUAUGGAUAUCAGCAUCCCUGAUGAGAUAACUGAAACCAAAACUACACUUGAGUACGAUAACCAAAAUGAUUUGUGUGAAUCUAUUCCUGGCCUUUAUCGACUACUGGAUUUGUGCAAGGAUGAAGGUUCCAAUGGACUUG